AUGCCGGGGAGACUGGACGGCUUCAUUGGCCUUCGGCUUUACUUCGACAUUGAGUGGGAGGGUCCCGUCCUCGACGGCUCCGGACGUCCCACCUCUACCGUCCAGCAGCAGAACGGCCGCAUCGUCUUCAACCUCUUCGAUGACGUUGUCCCCAAGACCGCCGCCAACUUCCGCGCUCUCUGCACCGGCGAGAAGGGAUUCGGCUACCAGGGCUCUUCCUUCCACCGCAUCAUCCCCGACUUCAUGCUCCAGGGUGGUGACUUCACCCGUGGCAACGGCACCGGUGGCAAGUCCAUCUACGGCGAGAAGUUCGCCGACGAGAACUUCCAGUUGAAGCACGACAAGCCCGGUCUGCUUUCCAUGGCCAACGCCGGCCCCAACACCAACGGCUCCCAGUUCUUCGUCACCACCGUCGUCACCUCGUGGCUCAACGGCCGCCACGUCGUCUUCGGCGAGGUUGCUGACCAGAGCGGCCUCAACAUCGUCAAGGCUCUCGAGGCUACCGGCUCCUCCAGCGGUGCCGUCAAGUACGGCAAGCGCCCCACCAUCGUCGCCUCUGGUGCGUUGUAA